AUGACACAUGCCGUUCACGUGGGCGCCCAGGAUUCACAAUCCCAGACGUUGAGAACGCCUUUCACGAGUCCUUCCAAGACACCAUAUACUCGACCACUAUCCGAAGCAACUGAGAUCUAUGAGACAGAUGUGGAAGACGAUGAGAGCUUGUUCGAGGAGAACUCUCCCAAACCCAGCUUCGGUUCAGUGAGUGGUUACCUACUCGUUUCUCUCAACUACGUACUCACCUCAUACCAGUUUAACAGCAGAAGAAGGAGCGAAACCACAAUUUCAUCCUUUGAAGAGGCUUUGACACCCCGUUCUGAUGUACAAUUCGACCGAAAUGGUCCUUUCCAGUUGCAUGCCAAGCCAGUCGAAGGGCCAAAAGGUCCUCAUCUUUUCCGUGCUUCUCAUUCUUCUGCCGAGUUUGCUUUCGACUAUGCUCUACAGAUGUCUCCACUCUUUCCCAAAACUAUGGAGUUGCCGCAGCAGCAUAUCACUGCUUCUCAUCAGGAGUUUGCCUUCUCACCACAGGACUUAUAUGUCCCAGGUCUUGACGCAGUGCUGCAGUCUCCUUCUCUGUAUAGCGUGGAGCGAUGGUCAACUCAAGACGUCUUAAACUGGAUGCUGGAGACUGGACUACCCCAUGAGGUUGUUGACAAAUUUGAAAAGCAUGACAUUAACGGAUCAAUAUUGAUGGAACUCAAGUUUGAGAACCUGAAGGAGCUCGAGAUUGAAUCUUUCGGCAAGCGUCAUCAACUUUGGAACACUAUUCAGAACCUCAAAGGUGGUGAACGAGGUCCAAGCCCUGUACCAACGCCAUUCCAGGAUAUCUCUCGCCCUCCAACCAAUGUAAGGUCAAAGUCGGAUGGUGACAUCUCCCGAGACGCACUACCUGCUCUGUCGAUGGAGGAUGAUAUGACACCAGUCACUCCUGUUCGGCACAAGAAGCGCCGUGGUCGAAAGAAUCGACAUCAUGACGAUACCAUCACUCCUGCUGAGUCUGUCUCCAUUGUUGCCAUUGAACAGCUGAUGCCUAGAGAGCACAAGUGUGCUAAAGGCGAAGACUGUUCCAAGUGGCGGAAGCAGCAGAGACUGUUUGCUCGCAUUCGUGAACAGCACGGCUACCCCAUCAGCCCUGAUCACGGCGGUCAGAUUCUGAUCACAGGCGAUCCUGGCAAUGCCACCACCGCUUACAAAGUCGUCGACAAUGUAUAUCGCCAGCAAGAUACCUCACCUCGUGCCGAAGAGGAAUCAACUCGACCUGUUUCGGAGAACAUGCCGCCGUCAGUUGUGGCUUCCUCUGAUCUGCUUGGUCCCGGUCAGCUCCCCGCUUUCGCGCUUCAUGAAAACAUGCUGGCCCAGCUUCAGAUGAGAGACCCUCAAGAGAACGUCAAGCAGUUCCUCAAUUUCCAACAUGUUGGCCAGUCGCAAGUCGAAGCACCGCCCACACCUCCUCUCGACACUUUCCCUGGCAAUGGAUUUGAGAUGUUCCCUACCAUCCACCAACAAGCCUAUCCCUCUCUGCAGCGCCCAUCGGUGACCCAGGAGCCACAUGGAAACCUCAAGCAUCUGCCCAAACUGUCUAUCCCUCGCUCUGCCAGUGCCAAUCCCUGGCUAGGAAAGCAGAAUGUCUUCUCUCCUGCAGAGAGCGUCAUGUCUCCCUGCCGCAGCGCCACUGUCUCUCCCGGGUCAAACAACAUCUAUCGUUACGGCACUCCAGCAUCUGAGAUGGAUAUUCCCGUCACUGCUGUCCCCAUCGGCCCCAUCUCUCGCGAUACCAGUCAAUCCGUACCACCCAACAUGCAAUACCGGGAGCACACACGCGCCGACUUCCGUCGUCAACCCUCCAACACCUUGCCCUCUCUAGACGAGAACGCAGUCUUCUCACCCACAACAACCCUCACCCGCACCCCCAGCAAACUCCNNCUUCACGUCGUGGACAAAGACAAGCAAAAGGAGAUGAAAAAAGCACACAUGCAAGCCACCUACGGCACCUCCGUAUCCCACACCGGCUACAUGAAANAGCGCAAAACCAAACUCCUGCACCACGAAUGGCAGAAUGCGCAUUUUCGCCUUCAAGGCACUCAACUAGCCAUGCAUGAAAACAACAGACUGUCAGCUAUCAUGCUGGAUAGCAUCAAUGUCGAUGACUACAAUGUUGCUUGUGCAUCCCUGCCUUCCAACAAUAAGAUCACUGCAGCAUUGAAGAAUCUCAAACUCGGUGGUGACAAGAAAAGUGAUGUUGCUGCUGGUGCGUUUGCGUUUCAACUUGUGCCUAGUGCUGCUGCUGGUGAUGGAAGGGUCAAGUUGGCUGCUAGUGGUAAGACUCACCAUUUUGCUGUUACCAACAGCAGUGAGAGGAUUGACUGGAUGAGAGAGUUGAUGUUGGCGAAGGCGUUGAGACAGAAGGAGAGUGGAUUCGAAGUCGAGCACAAUGGUUCAAAGGCUUGA